GUUGAUGAAGUCCCUCUGCGCUGAACGUUUGUAAAUCGACGAUUCAAGCUAGAGAAACAGCACUACAGUCAGCUGAUUAAUUCACAUGACUGCCUCUAAUUCUAGUUUCGGUCCUGUUCACCGGUCAAACCACUCCAUUAAAGCAGCUUUACGCGAUGUUGAAGUUAGUUUGGAGUAAGUAAGGAUACCUGGACUACCACAAGAAGCUAACUAUGUUACUAAUAACUCUCUGAGCCCGCACACAGAGGAGCAGCUAGCUAAAGAGCUUCAACGGUGUUGAUUUGCUGUUCACGCCUGUAGAUUUUCUUUUGUCUUUACUUCCUCACGGAAUUUGCAAAUAUCUUGCAAAAUGGGUCCUGAGGGAAAGAGGCUGUUAAACAUUGUCAUCUUAGGAUUCGGCUUUAUGUUUAUGUUCACUGCUUUUCAAACAUGCGGCAAUAUAGAGCAAACUGUCAUCAAGAGCUUCAAUAACACUGAUUUCCAUGGGAGUGGAUACACCAGCAUGGCAAUCAUCUACGGAGUUUUCUCCGCAUCCAACCUGAUCGCCCCCUCGGUGGUGACCGUCAUCGGGCCGCAGCUCUCCAUGUUCUUCAGUGGGCUUUUAUACAGCGGCUACAUCGCUAUGUUCAUUUACCCGUACACAUGGAGCUUCUACACAGCUUCUGUGUUGGUUGGGAUAGGAGCGGCAGUCUUGUGGACUGCUCAGGGAAAUGUGCUCGCCAUCAACUCCACUGAUAACACAAUCGGAAGGAACAGUGGCAUCUUCUGGGCGCUGCUGCAGUUCAGCUUAUUCUUUGGAAACCUUUACAUAUACUGUGCCUGGCAUGGACACGAUCACAUAACGGACAAAGACCGUCAGACGGUGUUCAUCUCUCUCACCGUCAUCAGUCUGGUCGGCUGCUUCCUCUUCUUCCUGAUCCGGAAGCCCGACCCUGAAGCGGCUCUUCCCGAGGAGGUGACGGAGUCGCUGCUGCAGGCGGAGUCAACGGAGAGUGCAGCCAGCUCAUCGCACCAGAGCAUCGGAUCACAAGCUCUGGAUGCAUUUAUUAAAGCGUGCAAAAUGUUUGUCACCAAAGAGAUGCUGCUGCUGAGCAUCUGCAUUGGAUACACAGGCCUGGAGCUCACUUUCUACAGUGGGGUGUACGGGACGUGUAUCGGAGCCAUGACGGGCUUCGGCCACGAUGCAAAGAGUUUGAUCGGCAUCUCUGGGAUCUGCAUCGGCAUCGGAGAGAUACUGGGCGGCGGUGUGUUUGGAAUGAUGAACAAGUGCAGUCGGUUUGGGAGAAACCCCGUGGUGCUGUUGGGCCUCAUCACACACUACAUAGCCUUUUACCUGAUUUUCCUGAACAUCUCCAGCGACGCUCCGCUGGCCCCCGAGGAAGGGACCGACCUGCAGGCCUACAUCAGCCCCAGUGUCGCCGUGGCGUUGCUCUGCAGCUUCCUGCUGGGUUUGGGCGACAGCUGCUUCAACACGCAGCUCCUCAGCAUCAUCGGCUUCACCUUCCGCGACAACAGCGCCCCCGCCUUCGCCGUUUUCAAAUUCAUACAGUCCAUCAUGGCCGCCUUGGCCUUCUUCUACAGUAACUAUCUGCUGCUGCACUGGCAGCUGCUUAUCCUGGUGGUCUUCGGCUUCCUGGGCUCCAUCACCUUCUUCCUGGCCGAGUGGACAGCCGAGUCCCAGCGGCGAGAAACUGACUACGACAGCAUCGGAUGAGGAGGAUGAAGAUGGUGAACGAACACCAGCCUCUAGGAACAGACACUGACUCUGGGGUAUGUUUGUUUUUAACACCCAGCAGCAGCUGCAGGAACCAAAUCUAGACAUUUAUCUGUAAGUCAAAGAAAAAUAUUCAAGAGGAACUCAAAAACAUACUUCAUAAUUAUACAAAUUUUGUGCACAGAAAUUUUGAAAAUAAUCUAAACUUAUUCUAAAAACUUCCCCCCAAAACGAUCAUGUGUACAACACUAACUUAGUGACUGGUUUGUAAAAUGACAACAAAUAGUAAAAACUGUCCAUCCCAGAUUCUCAAAAUCCAAGGAGAUGUAUUUAAAUGCCUUGUUUUGCCAAAGCUAUUUACUUUAAUAUCAUAUACAACAGAGAAAAGCAGCAAACCUCGAUAUUUGAGGCUGAAGGCCACAAAAUGUUGACUCGUAUAUUAAUUAUUCCCCUUGUUCUACCGUAAAUUCUUGAAAGAAAUGUUGUUUUUCUCUCAUGCUUUUAUGGUAAACGAAUAAUCUAGAUAUCUUGAUGAAUUGAAGUAAAUGGGUGUAUAUUAUAUCAAAACCUCCCAUAACAAACUCUCACACUUUGCAUUAUAAUGUCCCAUUCUCACUACUUCACAAACACCUGACUUUGAACUAAAACUGCACUAUUUAAAACACUUUGUAUUGACUUUAUAAGUUUUUCACCAAUAAUGUUUUUCACCAUGGAGGCAUAAGAAAAAACACAAUUUGCAUCUAUAAAUUAGGAUUCACAGGGGAAAUAAUAGAUAUAGAAAUGAUCGAUUAUUUGGGUUAAAUAUUGCUUUUAAUUGACUUUACUGAAGCAUGAUGAAUAGACAUGUGUUAAUGAAAUAAAAAGCACUUUUGAUUGGAGGGGCUGCCAACGAUGUAUCCCAAUACUAGUGCCUGUAGGAAGACAUGAUGAGGAACACUGACUCAUAUGUUUUCAUUGUGUGUUUGUUGCUUCUUCAGCUGGUUUAAUGGAUAAGGUUAGAGAUAUAUAUAUAUAUAUUUUUUAUUGUUAGCAAAAUCCCAUGAAAAGACCAAAACCAAUAUAUAGAUGAAAACUUUUUAUUAACAUUUAACUUUUUAAUUCAUGUUUUUAAAAUGUAAUACUUCAGUGGGAACCAAUGAGCUUUGAGCUGAGAUUCAUAGACAGAAAAUCAAAACAAUUGUUUUGAUUUGGUCUUUUCAUGGGAUUUAUUGGCAAUAUCAAAAAUACAAUAAUGCCUCUUUAGCCAUUAGAAGUCUUUCUGCUCGAUCAGCUGCUCCUGGGCUCUAUACUUCUGUUAUGAUGUUCUCCUUGUAUGUAAGGGACUCAAAGACUGUGAACCGGAAGCUUUGUGUUGUGAACUCUACUCAGCUCCCAGUUUGGCCUACAUGCUCAGCUGCAGUCACAAGGUUAUCACAACCUUACAAUUAGCUUUUACGACCCACCCAGCGAGCCGCAGUCAUCUGACGUUACAGACAGCGGGAGAUAAGCAGGUAAAAGGGACAUAUUAUCAAGAAACUGGACUUAUCAUUUUUUUUAUUUGUAGGUGGGAAACUUUACCUUCUUUCUUGCAACAGCAUAUUGAGCCAUUGUAUCUAAAACUGAUAAGAUAAUGAUGAAGCCUGGGGAAUGGAAUGGUUAGAGAAAAAGACAAGAUGUGAUUUGAAAAUAAUCAUGAAAAAAAAAAGAAUGACAGAAAAUCAUUUGAUAUCAUAUUAAUUCACAAGAAAAAAAAAUGAUAUUCUUUGAGUAUAAAGUUCAAAAUUUAUGAAAAAACUAAUAUUCUGAAAGGUUAAACCGGGAAACUUAUAAAACAUUGGUGACCUUUAAUCUCUUUGAAUUAAAGAUGUAUUUUUCUCGUAAAUUUGGGAGCUUUUUCUUGUAGAUAAACAAUUUCAAUCUCAGAGGAUAUUUGAUCAUUUUUCUUCUCGCCAAUGUACAAUUUGGAAUUUCUGAAUAUUCUCAGAUUGUGACCACCCACCCUGGCUGCGUCGUUUUUUUGUAUUUACUUUUACUUGCAAUGAAACAAUAUGCCGUUGUAAAUCCUUCUGUAAUGCUAUCUUUUCUUUUUGUCUCGUUCCUUCAUGACACACUUAGUGCUAUAUAAUGUGUUUAUCUGUAAUAAGAUUCAGAUGACUGCAUUGCAGGACAGUUUUAUCAUUACAGAUGGGUGACUGCAUUUAGUUCAAAUGAAAUGAACAGUGGCUGUUUGUUUUGUGUCAGAAGAAAGAUAAAAUAAUGUUUCACUGGUUUUAUCAUCUUUGGUCUUUAUCUUUUCUCCUAAUAUGGAGAAUGUUUAAAGGGAAAAAGAGACAACAAGAUGGUCAAACAGAAGAAUUCAAAUAAAACUGUUUUAGCUACACCAGCAGCUCACUUUUGGGCCAUUGUAGAUGUAAGAAAAAUGAAUUACAUUGGUGUGGGAGGGGGUUAAUAUUCAUAAAGAAAACAGAAUAUAUGAAAUAAAGUUGUAUAUUUAUUUCAAAACAUUCUCUGAGAUUAAAGUGGUAUAUUAACAAAAAAGUAAUUGAUUCGCAAGAAAAUGCUUAGAAGUUCUUUGAGAUUUAAGGUCUGAAAUUUACAGGGGAAAAAAAAAACCUCGUAAAUUUGUGAUUUUUUUUCCUCAUAAAUGUAUGACUUUUAUCUCAAAGAAAUAUCCAUCUAAAUCUUAUGAAUUCCUAUUUUCUUUCCUCCAGAAUAUUACCCUUUUCCCAGCUGCUAAUUUUAAAAAUGUAUUUGACCUAAAAUGUCACAUUAAAAACGGUAAAAGAUUAUAAGCAUGACUAACCAUUAAGACUCAAUACAUCUUGAUUGGUAACAUCGGUUAAUAUUCUGACCUCACAGCAACUAAACUGUUGAUCUUAACUUUAAUUUGAUUUCUUUAAGAUAAAGAUCUUUAAAUGGCUCACAUAGCUGCUGGUGUGGCUGCAGACUCUGUCUUGUUUAUUCUUUUUAAUCACAGCUGUUGUUCACUGAGCUGAUGCCAACCCGACACAGUGCUAAAUACGGGCCUUAAGACAUUUUUGUCUUUUCCAGACAGCUUUAUGUGAUGUUGAAAUGGGAAAGGGCGACAAGGAACUGUAUCUUAGAUGCAGAAGGUUAUUUUUAUUUAGUUUAAAGGGUCAAAUUAUGAAAUACAGCACAUUUAUCCAGUUAAUUUAUUGCUAAAUGUUGCAAAUGCAGUCAAUCUCAAGGAGGUCAAGGGAAAUGCAUGUGUACUAUGACGGUGAUUUUAUACUUGAAUGUAGUAAUUAGGAACUUCGCCUGCUUUUUUUUUUUUUAUCAAUAAAAUAUUAUUUUGAAAUUGAA